AUGGAUCAAGCGUAUGCUGUGGACCAUUAUCCCUAUUCGGAGCUACAACAUGCUGGCUUCUUCAUCCUAUUCUUCUUCCCUGCGCUGGCUCUGAUUGUGGUGAUGAUGCGGAUGUAUAGUCGGACAAGGACCAAGCAGAUCGGAUGGGACGAUGCAUUGAUUUGCAUGGCCAUGUUACUGUCAAUUGCGGAGACGGGGGCUUCAUACAUGGGUAUGCGAAAGGCGUAUUUGGGCGUUCACGUUUACGACAUCCCGCCAACGGCUGAUAUGAGUCAAGGGCUGUUCUGGAAUUACGUGAUACAGACGCUCUACAACCCGAUUCUUGCCUUGGUCAAGAGCUCCGUAUUGUUGUUCAUGCUACGGCUUGGAGGCCACCGGAAAUCUGUUCGCUACUGCAUCCACGGACUCAACAUUUUCAACAUAGGGCUUAUGGUUGCUAUCUUUGUCACCGUCAUAUUCCAAUGCAAACCCAUAUCCUAUUUCUGGGGACGAGUUGCCGAUCCUGAGUUGCAAGGCACAUGCGUCAACACUGGUGCAUUCUAUGUCUCAACUGCAGCUCUGACAAUUGUGACUGAUCUUCUGGUACUUGCGCUACCUUUUUGGAUAUUUCUGCGACUCAAAAUGGCCUUGAGAGUCAAGUUGGCGUUAAUGGCAGUCUUCCUCCUCGGCGGGGUUGUAACAGUCGUUAGCAUUCUUCGCCUCCAAUGGAUAGCCGAAACUUCGUUCUACCCUUCGCAAGUCGACCCUACGUACGAUAUCCGUUUCACGUACUCUGCUGCCGAGACCAAUCUGGCAAUCAUCACCGCCUCAGGGCCUGCGUUGCGCCCCUUGUUGGUUCGAUGGUUCCCUCGAUUCUUUGCGUCGCUUACUGGAAACUCUAUUCCCAAAUAUCCGUACAGUUCGAAUAGAUACAACCUUAGCGAACGAUUGGAGGCGAGGACGAAGUCAACCAGAAGUGGCCUAGCGGGUCGAUAUGGCACUUCAUCAUACGCAACAAAGGAUACCGAGCGGGGGGCCCGUGUGCGAGACCAGUCCCCAGCUACCAGCGAGGAGGAAAUUAUGGCGUACAGUGGAAUUAUAAGGACAACCGAAGUCAAACUCGAGUUUGGUCAUCCGCAAUCGCCCCGAACAAUACAAAGCCAGAAGAGCCAAUUGCAUCCGAGCUUUUGA